UUAGAACAAUACUUCAGUUUGUUUCUAUAACCUCACAAAAUCGCAAUUUUAGAGCAUCAAAUAGUUAUCUUAUUGAAUAAUGCCAACAAAUUAAACAACAACAUUAAAACAAUUGAAAAAACGAUCACUGGAACAACAACAUAACCUCAGAAAAUCCUCAGUAAACAUGUAAUUAAAAAUGGACAAAGCACGUAAACAAUUUGCCGACCGUACCUCGUACCUGACGCGUCUCAACGACGACAUAACGAGCAACGAGGCCCUGUUGGAACAGUGCACCAAAAACAUCGCCCAAUUGGAACUGAACAAGGCGUCAGUGAACCAACUGAGCGAAUAUCCGGAGCACGAAGCCCUCAUACCGCUGGGCAAGAACAUCUUCAUGCCCGGUCGCCUAAUACACACCGGCGAAUUCGAGGUGAGGGUGGAUGCGGAGCCGUACUCGUAUCAGGUGUUGAAGUCGUGGAAGCAGACCAUGCAGGGCAUCGAUGAGAGGAUCAAGCAGCAGAAAAAAGUGUUAAAGGACGUGGAGACGGUCAUCAAUCAGAUUCAAGAGCGGAAGAACGUGAUACUGGGACUGGAAAGUGAGAGUCAGCUUUUGAAGGACGAGUUGCCUGUAGCAGACCUGAGUGGGAUGCCUCUGUCAAUUGAGUCAGACAAGGGGGUUGCUGUGAAGGUUGGAAACUAUUUCGAGAUCAUAGAAUAUGAGGAGAAUUAAUUUAUGUUUUGUAUUAUCAUGUAUUUAUUAGUGUGAAUAAAGUAUUUUGUAUUUUA